AUGAUGGUGUUAGGAAUGAUAAAUGAGAUUCAACAAUAUCUCGAUGCAAGGUAUAUUAGCCCUCCAGAAGCUGUUUGGCGAAUAUAUGGUCAUCCUUUGCAUGCAGAGAUGCCAACAGUUGUACGAUUGGCAUUGCAUUUACCUGGAAUGCAUCGCGUUGUUUUUAACCCAGAAGAAUCAUUAGAAACGAUUCAAUCUAGAGUUGAUCAACAAAUGUCAACUCUUACUGUCUUCUUUGCAUAUUGUGCUAGCAGUGAAGAUGAAUGUCCAUUCACUUAUCAAGAAUUUCCACAACAUUAUGUUUGGCUCAAGUCUGAAAAGAGAUGGAAAUCAAGAGAAAGGGGAUAUGCAAUUGGUAGAAUGUAUUUUGCUAGCUCUAAUUGUGGUGAAAGAUUUUAUCUACGUUUGUUACUAACCGUUGUUAAAGGACCAAAGUCGUUUCAGUCUUUACGCACGGUCGAUAAUGUUGUGCAUGAUACAUUUAAAUUAGCAUGUGUUGCAAGGGGGCUUUUAGAAGAUGAUGAAGAAUGGAUACAAUGCUUGAAAGAGGCUCAGAAUGCUUAUAACACAAUCACUUCUUCAGUUUUUCAAAAUAAAGGAGUUGUUUUCUUUCUGAACGGGGGUGCUGGAAUAGGGAAAACAUUUUUGUACAAUACGAUAGCAUUAAAAUGUCGCAACCUUGGGCAUAUCGUUAUUAUUGUGGCUUCAUCUGGAAUUGCAUCAUUGUUACUGGUCGGAGGUCGCACUGCACAUUCAACAUUUUCCAUCCCAUUAGAUGUGUUGGAAAAUUCAAAUUGUGGGCUUAGUAAACAAUCAUUACAAGUUGAGUUAUUUAAAGAAACAAAACUCAUAAUUUGGGAUGAAGUUCCGAUACAACAUAGACAUUGUGUUGAGGUGGUUGAUCAUACAUUGAGGGAUAUUUGUGAUAGUGACAAGCCAUUUGGGGGUAUUACUAUUGUUCUUGGUGGAGACUUUCGACAAAUCUUACCAGUUAUACCCAAAGGAGUUCGUGAGCAAAUUGUGAAUGCAUCAUUAAGACACUCUGUUCUAUGGAAGCAUAUACAUAUUUUAACUUUGGAUUUGAAUAUGCGCUUGAAUCAUGAAGACCGUGAAAAUGCUAAUUUUGCAAAUUUCUUGAUGGAGAUUGGGACCAAUCCUCAAGAAAUCGUUAACCUUCCAUCAACAAUACACAAAUGUCAAGAUUUGAAUGAAUUACUCUCUACAGUUUACCCACGAUUGAACAUAAUAGAGACGUCAGCCCCAACAUUUUUAACUGAACGCACAAUUCUGUCUACGCGUAACGAUGAUGUCAGUGACAUCAAUACUACUGCAUUGAAUAUCUUUCUAGGGAGAUUACAUACUUAUCUUGCAGCAGAUAAAAUGUCUGAAGAUAAUGCAGUUGAUCGUACUAUUACAAAUAGAUAUCCUAAUGAAUAUUUAAAUUCAUUGGAUCCUCCUGGGUUGCCAACUUUCAAGUUAGAGUUGAAGGUGGGUUGUCCUAUAAUAUUGUUGAGAAACAUUGUACUGAAAGAUGGACUAUGUAAUGGUACAAGAUUGAUGGUUACUAGGUGCGACACUCGCAUAAUUGAAGCUCAAAUUUUAACUAGAGAAAAGUUUGGCAAUUUGGCAUUCAUACCAAGGAUAUCUUUGGCACCAUCUUCUUCAGAAAUGCCUUUCCAAAUGACAAGACGUCAAUUUUCAGUCCGCUUGGCAUAUACCUUGACUAUUAAUAAAUCUCAAGGACAAUCUGUGAAAUUUGUUGGGGUUGAUUUGCGCAUACUAGUGUUUAGCCAUGGGCAAUUAUAUGUGGCAUUGUUCAGAUGUAUAUCAUUUGAUCGUAUAAGUAUUCUGCUCCCUAAAGAUUGUUUGGAUUCUACUACAAAUAUUAUUUAUCCUGAAGUGUUGUUGUAG